AUACGAACAGAAACAGGUUAGAAAAGAAGAGUGGACUCUCUCCAUAUUUGUAUAUACUUUCUUCUUCCUGUCAACGUUACCAUUUUACUCGCUUUUGAUUUUCGAAGGACUCCAUCGCUCUCUUCCUCUUUAUAUCUUUCUCUGAAUUUUUGAAGAAACUAAAUUGGGUUUUAAAUUCUCUGUUGAUCUUCCGAUUAUAACCAAAGCUCUGUAUCAUUAACUUUUUCUCUCCAGCGACUCGGUUGAACCUGUCAAAAAAAGCUCAAACCCAGGUUCUUAUUGUCCUCUCAGUUCCUGCAAGAAGCUAUUUAUCUUCCCUCCAGUUGUCCUGGGUUGAUUCACUAACAAGUUCCAUGAACAAUCUCAAGCUUGGGGUUGAGGUUGUGAGUGCUCAUGACCUUAUGCCUAAAGAUGGUCAGGGCUCGUGCAGUGCUUUCGUGGAGCUUCAUUUUGAUCAUCAGAGAUUCCGCACCACUACGAAAGACAAAGAUCUCAAUCCUGUUUGGAACGAAAGUUUUUACUUCAAUGUAUCCGAUCCAAACAACUUAUACAACCUUACUCUUGAAGCCUUUGUCUACAACCAUAAUAAAGCAACCAAUACUAAAUCCUGUCUUGGAAAGAUUUGCUUGUCGGGAACAUCGUUUGUACCACAUUCUGAUGCUGUUGUUUUACACUAUCCGUUGGAGAAGAAAUCCAUUUUCUCUCGCGUGAAAGGAGAGCUUGGUCUGAAAGUGUUUGUUACUGAUGAUCCUUCCAUAAAAUCAUCAAACCCACUUCCUGCAAUGGAAUCCCCAGUGCAGGUAGAUUCUGGAUCAAAUCAGUCUCAAGUUCAGGAACAAAUUUCCGAAGCUGUUUCAAAUAUAUUCUCCCCUGGAAAGCAUGAGAAAAGACGAACAUUUCAUCAUCUUCCAAACACAAAUAACUCACAACAGUCACAAAGUUAUCCGACACCAGCAGCUCCACAGCCACAAGCAGUGAACCACCAGGUGAAAGAGCAGAAGUCUCAAUUGCAGACUCCAGCAUUUGUUCAAACAUUCCCUGGACCAUCAUCGUAUGUAGCUGAUUAUAGUCUUAAAGAAACAAGCCCUUUUCUUGGAGGGGGCCAAAUUGUUGGAGGGAGAGUAAUACGCAGGGAUAGGCCAGCGAGUAGUACCUAUGAUCUUGUUGAACAGAUGCCUUAUCUUUUUGUACGCGUUGUAAAAGCCCGUGAUCUUCCUUCGAUGGAUGUAACAGGGAGCCUUGAUCCAUAUGUUGAAGUAAAACUUGGGAACUACAAAGGAGUUACGACGCACUAUGAGAAGAAGCAAAAUCCUGAAUGGAAUGAGGUGUUUGCCUUUGCUAGGGACAGGAUCCAAUCUUCUGUACUGGAAGUUUCUGUCAAAGAUAAGGAUCUGGUGAAAGAUGAUUUCGUUGGGAUUGUGCGGUUUGAUCUGAAUGAGAUUCCAAGUCGUGUUCCACCGGAUAGUCCUUUGGCUCCAGAAUGGUAUCGACUGGAAGAUAAGAAAGGGGAGAAAAAGAAAGGAGAAGUGAUGCUUGCUGUCUGGCUUGGCACUCAAGCUGAUGAAGCUUUUACUGAUGCUUGGCAUUCAGAUGCUAUUACUCCAACAGAUGGUUCUAAAACUACAUCCACUAAUAUUCGAUCAAAAGUUUAUCAUUCUCCAAGAUUGUGGUACGUUCGUGUUAAUGUGGUUGAAGCACAAGACUUGAUUAUUGGUGACAAGAGUCGAUUUCCAGAAGCAUAUGUGAAGGUUCAGAUUGGCAAUCAGAUACAACAGACAAGGUUGGUUAAUGCUCGAACUCAUAACGUAGUAUGGAAUGAAGAGUUUAUGUUUGUUGCUGCUGAACCCUUUGAAGAUCAUCUGAUACUAUCAAUCGAAGAUCGUGUAGGUCCCAACAAAGACGAGACUAUUGGGAAAGUCUGCGUACCAUUAGCUUCUGUUGAGAGGCGUGCUGAUGAUAGAAUCACACGUAGCAGAUGGUUCAAUAUUGAAAACUCCAUUUCAGCUUCCAUGGAUGUGGAUCAGGCCAAGAAAGACAAGUUUUCUAGCAGACUCCAUCUCCGUGUCUGUCUUGAUGGAGGUUACCAUGUACUUGAUGAAUCAACUUACUACAGCAGUGAUCUCCGGCCAACAGCCAAGCAACUCUGGAAGCCAUCAAUUGGCGUCUUGGAGCUUGGAAUUCUAAAGGCUGAUGGACUUCAUCCAAUGAAGACAAGAGAUGGUAAAGGGACAUCAGACACUUACUGUGUAGCCAAGUAUGGUCAUAAAUGGGUCAGAACUCGCACAAUUAUUGACAAUCUCAGUCCAAAAUACAAUGAGCAAUACACAUGGGAGGUAUAUGAUCCAGCUACAGUUCUCACAGUGGGAGUUUUUGAUAACUGCCAAAUUGAUGGUUCAAGUGGUAGUAAAGAUAUGAAAAUUGGGAAGGUCCGGAUCCGUCUCUCCACCUUAGAGACUGGGCGUGUUUAUACACAUUCCUACCCACUGCUCGUUCUUCACCCUUCUGGUGUCAAGAAGAUGGGUGAACUACAUUUGGCAAUUAGAUUUUCAUAUGCAUCAAUGACGAACUUAGUUUUUCUAUAUUCGCGUCCACUUUUGCCAAAAAUGCACUAUAUUAGGCCACUGUCUGUGUUGCAGCAGGACAUUCUGCGCCAACAGGCUGUUAACGUUGUUGCAGCUCGUCUUAGUAGAGCAGAACCUCCUCUUAGAAAGGAAGUUGUUGAGUACAUGACUGAUGCCCAUUCUCAUCUUUGGAGCAUGAGGCGCAGCAAAGCAAACUUCUUUAGGCUGAUGUCGGUCUUCUCAGGAUUAUUUUCUGUUGGAAAAUGGUUUGGCGAAGUUUGCAGGUGGAGAAACCCGAUCACAACAGGCCUAGUGCACAUCCUCUUUGUGAUGCUUGUGUGCUUCCCUGAACUGAUUCUGCCUACUGUCUUCCUCUAUAUGUUUGCAAUAGGAAUUUGGAAUUAUCGAUAUCGCCCAAGAUACCCUCCUUACAUGAAUACAAGAAUCUCUUGUGCGGAUACCUUGCACCCUGAUGAGCUCGAUGAGGAGUUUGAUACAUUUCCAACAACACGAAGCCCGGAAUUAGUUCGAAUGAGGUAUGACAGGUUAAGGAGUGUGGCUGGGAGGAUGCAAACUGUGGUGGGUGACAUAGCUACUCAAGGAGAGCGUAUUCAAUCACUACUAAGCUGGAGGGAUCCUCGUGCCACCGCUAUCUUCAUUACAUUUUGUUUAAUGGCUGCCAUUGUACUGUAUGUGACACCAUUCCAGGUGCUUGCUCUUUCUGCUGGGUUAUACUUCAUGAGACAUCCGAAGUUCCGUCAAAGAACACCUUCAGCACCACUUAAUUUCUUCCAGCUGCCAGCUUUGACAGACAGCAUGCUGUGAAUUUGUUUCCGUGAUCUCGUGGGAAAGUAGACGUUCAUCUGCCAUCUCUAAAAGGGUUCUGAUUUUACUUGUCCAUGUUUCUUCCGUAAAGCUUCAUUGUUUUGCUGUACCCUCAGUCUGCUGUAUCUUGGUCAUGAAUUUUAGUUUAUUGCAAGACGUGUGCAAAUAUGAGCAAAACCAAUUUAUAGUAAAAUUUGGAUCUGUCUUAAUACAUGCUUUGGCCUUCCUUGCAAGGGGAUCAUAA